CAAGGUUGUAAAUGCGCGCGCUGGAAUAAGUACUUUAGUUGGCUGGGGAGGAGUAGGUAUCUUUGUUGUCCUGACUGGAUGUCAGUGUGAAGCAAAGAUGCUUGCGAUCAAAGAACUCUAAUAAGUAAGAUUUAUGCUAGGUGACUGUUUAUGAAAUAAAUGUUACUUGGGAUUAUUUAACAAAAUGGAAAUCAAAGUUGGAGAUUCUAUCCGAAUUGAAGAUGGCUUUUAUGUUCCUGAAGAAUUGUAUAUGCAAUAUAAAAAGAUGAAUAUAUCUAGUAUAUUUUCUUGGCAAGCUGAAUGCCUUCGCUUGCCUGGUGUUCUUGAGGGGAAUAAAAAUCUUGUUUACUCAGCUCCUACUAGUGCUGGAAAAACCCUCGUUGCUGAGCUCAUUGUACUUAAACGUGUUUUGGAAUCUUCAUUGAAAGCAUUUAUAAUUCUACCUUAUGUGUCUGUAUCAAGAGAGAAAAUGACUUACCUACAGAGACUGUUCAGCAGUCUGGGUAUUCGUGUUGGAGGCUACAUGGGGGGUCAAAGUCCACCUGGGGGUUUGUCCGCUAUUAAUGUAGCCGUUUGUACAAUUGAAAAGGCAAACAGUCUGGUUAAUAGACUAAUCGAAGAAGAUCGUUUAGACGAAUUAGGUAUUGUCGUUGUCGAUGAAUUACAUCUUAUUGGUGAUACUCAUCGAGGUUAUUUACUGGAGUUGUUGUUAACCAAAUUACUCCUUCAUUCACGUCGCAGAUUAAAUGCUAAACUAAUUGAUGGUGGUAAAAGUUCAGGAGAUUCUCAAAGUCUGUUAAAUGGAUCUUUGAGCCAAUCCUACUUUGAUACAAAUGGUAUUCAAGUAGUUGGCAUGAGUGCUACUUUGCCAAAUCUUGCAACACUUGGACAGUGGUUAGAUGCAGAGGUUUAUGUAACAAAGUUUCGUCCAGUCCCACUGACUGAACUCAUUUUAUCUUGUGAUACAAGAUCUAAAGUGAAUCAGUUCUAUAAAUUAGUUAAUUCUAAUGUUGAUAGUGUUUGCACUCAACAAAAGUCAGAGUGUCUGGUACCUACUGAUAAUUUACCUUUGGAUCCACAGUUAACUUCUGAUAUUCAGCUAAAUGAUGAAGAUGGUGUGUUUGGUUUGUGUCUUGAUUCAUUCUUGAAUGGACAUGGUGUACUCGUGUUUUGCCCUACUAAACAAUGGUGUGAACAAUUAGCUGAUACAAUGGCACGCCAGAUCUUCAGUCUAACACAGUCCUACUUUUCAGCACAACGUCAGCAGGAAAAUAAUACCCGGGUGCUAAGGUCUGAGGAUCCUGUUGACAGCGAUCCAAAUGAUUACUACUUAGAACCAGAUAUUGGAGUACGCUUGGCAUCACGUUUGGACCGAGUGGGUCUUACCACUUGUGUCGAACAGCUAAGGCGUUGUCCAGCUGGUCUUGAUACAGCUUUGGCAAGAUGUCUAGGCUAUGGUGUUGCCUUUCAUCAUGCAGGUCUUACAAUUGAAGAACGAGAAGUGAUUGAGUUUGGCUUCCGUAAAGGUCUUAUUCGUAUUUUAAUUGCCACAUCCACAUUAAGCUCUGGAGUUAAUCUACCUGCCCGUCGUGUUAUAAUUCGAACACCAUUAUUUCAUGGACAUAUCCUAGAUUAUCUUACUUAUAAACAAAUGGCUGGUCGAGCAGGUCGUCAAGGAGUUGAUACUAGUGGCCAAAGCAUAUUAUUAUGUAAACCCAAAGAUUUGGGACGCGUACGUCAGUUGGUGAUGAAUGGAAUGCCACCAGUGAAUUCCUGUCUAAUGGGUCAAGGAGGCAGCCCGGAAUCUAGCUUAAAACGUGCCUUACUUGAAGUUAUUGCAAAUGGAUUUGUUGAAACACUAACCGACGCUUUACUAUAUCUAUCUAGUACCCUGUUGGCUACUGUUAUCACUCAAGAAAAGUUGACUGAACUGAAAUCUCCUAAAUCAUCUCAUCACUCACCAGGAGGGAUUCGGCGUCGUUCUCUACGUUUAUCUCAGUCUAGAAUUUCUUCUAGUGGUGAAGUCAGUUGUGUUACAGAUAACAAUAAUGAAUUUAUAAGUGAAAUGAAACGUUUGUUAUUCUUAUGUAUUAAAGAUUUACAAAAGCAAGAACUGAUCUAUAUUGACCAAUCUUCCAGUCCAGAAGGCGGUAAUGCGAAUCUGUCACAAAUGGAUACCGAUUCAUUGAAUGGUUUAUUGAAUUAUGCUCGACUUCAACCAACGGCCUUAGGAAGAGCGGUAUUGUCGUCUUCCUUAGGUCCAGUGCAUGGGUUAGUAGUUUUCGAAGAAUUGGAUCGCGCACGACGAUCUAUUGCCCUGGAUACUGAAUUACAUCUUAUAUAUCUGUUAACUCCUGUGUAUUUGGAUGUUGGUGCUGAUUUGGAUUGGCUUUGUUACUUGGAACAGUAUCAGAGUUUAUCUCCUGCAGAGCGUAGAGUUGCCGAUCUGGUUGAUAUUGAAGAACGGUUUAUUACUAGAUGUGCAGCUGGUGCCUCAUCAACCACUAGUGGUCGUUUUGGUAAUGCUUCUAUGACCAGUCGACGUCUAAGCUUGCAUAGACGUUUUUAUACAGCUUUAGUAUUAUAUCGCUUAGUUAAUGAAGAUGGUUUACAAGCUGUUGCAAAGAAGUUUGGCGUCAAUCGUGGUCUCCUCCAGAGUUUACAACAACAAGCUGCCACUUAUGCAGGUAUGGUAACUAUCUUCUGUAAUCGUCUUGGUUGGAGUCAUAUGGAACGUAUAAUAGCGAAUUUCCAGUCACGUUUAUGCUAUGGUGUGUCUGAAGAACUUGUUGACUUGAUACGUUUACUCCCCUUGGUUAAUGCUGAACGUGCUCGGGCUUUAUACGCAGCUGGUUAUACUUCCAUAUCAUCAUUGGCUACUGCACGUUCUCAAGAUAUUUCAAGGGUUUUACAACGUGCAAUACCUUUUGAACGAAAGAAAAGCAGUGAGAAUUCUGCAAAAGCAUCAUGUCGUACAAUUCUUUUAGAUGAUGGGAACGUAAUCAAUGAACAAGAAGCUGCACCAUUAAUUAUUCAGCAAGCUAAACGAUUAUUGGAAAUAGAUUUAGCUUCAGUCUAUGGGAAAGAUCUAGUUAUUCUGUCCAAAGAAGAUGAGAAAGUGAUGCAGUCUAAGGAGAACAUGACUAUUGCUGAUUCACCAGUGCAUCAAUCACAAGUGCUUGACAAAACUAAAAACACAAUAAACGAGUUGAAUAGUAGUCAAUUAAUACUGGAAAAUACAAUCUCUUCCAGAGAUAUGAAUGUAAAUGGUGAUCAUAGUGGGAAUCUCGAUUCUGCAGAGGAUAGAAAACGUUCCAGUAGUUCUGUAGGCGAAGACCACGAAGCGAAACGCCAAAAGGCUCCCGAAGAGAAUGUUGUUCUUACAUCAGUGAUGUCGGCAACGACGACGGCGAGUAGCACUACCGUUCCCACAACCACUAAUACUUCUACUAACAGCACCAUGUGUACAGAAUUGUCAUUUGGUAGUGAUGACUCUAUUUCUGAUGACUAUCGUAAUAACACCGGAAAUCACACUUACAACAAUGAGGAAAAAUGCGCUUCAUCUCAGAAGAAUAGUACAGAUUGUAAUGUCGAUCAUUGUGAGGAUCAAAUUUUAACAUUUAAGUCCCAAGUUUUGGAUGUACAGUGUAAUAAAUCCACACACCUUCAGGAUACAAUGAUCUCUAAAGAUUUUGAGAAUUUCACUCAGCCUAGUCAGUCUUUCAUUUUAACCAGUCAAUUAGCAGCUAUUGUUGAUAAUCAAAUUUCAAUAGUUAAUAAUACAAAAACAGAAAACAGUGUGAUGAAUGUUUCAGUUAGUCAUUGUACAUCUGUACAAGCUUGCAGUGAACAGUCUGAAUCUUCAACUCUGUCGUCCUCAUUAAUAUCCUGUGAUAAUGUAUUCGAAUUAAAUGAUACGCUUACAUUUUCAAUGUUUGAAAGUUCAUUUCCUGCAUCCAAGGCUAAUAGUAAUAAUAAUAAUAAUGACAACAAUUUUAAUGAAGACGCAUCCAAACAAAAUGAAGAAUUAACUGUAAACUUUGAUUCACAAAUCUUGCAAAAUUUUAUGAUGUCACAGAUCACUUUCGAUACUGAAUAUGAAGACAAACAGAAACUAGUUUCUCCCAGUCAACCACCUGGCACCAAACCAUCCAUAUCUAUCAAUGAAGACGAUACAGCUUUGGGAACAGAGAGGAAGAGUGUUGGUGACUUAUUUAACUCAUCAUUCACAUUUGAUCUGUCAGCAAAUAAACAAUCACAGGAUUCAUCAUCAUGUUGUCAAAACCGUAAUUUUGGUGAAGCUUUUAGAUGUAAAGCAAAUACUGUUGUCCUUCCGACUGAUGUUUUACCUGUGGAAGUCGUUAAAACUGGUAUUAAUAAUAUAAAUAAUGGUGGCGAUGAUGAUGAAGAUGACUACAACUGUGAUAAUAGAGACGAUUUAUUCUCUAUCAUUGAUGUAACUCAAUCAUAUUUCCUAUGGAAAACUUUCCUUGACGAUCUGUAUAAACGUAUAGAUGAAAUAAGUAAACAAAAUUCUACUAAUUCAAAUUAUAUCGCUGUACAACCUGGUUGGAGUGUAAACAUGAACUGCCCUAAUCAAGUAGAUACUGUUAAUGGAAAGGAUUCAUUAGAAUGUUUAAUUUGGCGUUCUGGACCUGGGGGAUAUCCAGCUACUGGUGGUGGGAGAAGUAUGUGCAUAGAUUACAACUUGUAUCUUAGUGGGUUAUCACUUUCUUCAGUAUGCCUCCGAUCUAAUGUUGUAUUUUGGAUUGAUUUUGUUUCACAAAAUGAUGUCAAUAGAGUUCCAGUUAGUAAGUGUUUAGCAGAUAUUCGUGAUUUAUUUAUUUACAUAAGUCACCACAAUAUUGGUUUAAUUCUUUGGGAUGUUAAAUGGUGGUAUCGUAUUGUUUACGAUUUAUUCAAACUACCAUUUGGUACAAAAUUUCAAAUAUACAAUCCGAAUCUAGUGAAUUGGUUAAAAAAUCAAGAUUUAGGUCAAAGUUCUUUGUUGAAUGAAGCAAAAAAACUAAGUGCCAACACUGUUGACUUACUGAGCAAGGUUACAUCAUUUGCUGAACUUCUAGAACCUCCAACACAGUUUUCAGAUUGGUCUAAAAUCCCCAACCUUAUUCUUCUUAAUCAAUGUCCUCCUGCAAACCAUCUAAAUGGACAGCAGUUAUCCUGUCUUCCUGAUCAUAUAAAUAUAACCGCAGCUCAGUGUUUCUUACUAGCAUUAUGGACAAAUAUGAAUAGUUACCUGUCAGAAGUUGAUCAUUCCAUACUCAGUUCAAUCGAAAUGCCUUGUCAGUCAUUACUGGCUAAAAUGGAGUCGCAUGGUUUCAAUCUCAAUAUCGACGAAUUAAUUAAAUGUCAUGAUUCACUAACUCAUGCUUGUAAACAGUUAGAAAGUGUUGCACAUCGAUUAGCUGGUUUACCAUUUCCUAUGGAUUCACCGAAAGAAAUAUCUAAAGUAUUAUUUAAAUGGCUUCAUCUACCGCAGAUAUCAGAUCCGAAGGAUACUAUUUUAACAAGAAAACGUAAUCAACAAGCCUUAUUACUGAAUGGUCGUAAACAGUCAGUUCAUCUGCCUAGAGCUACUAAUGCUGUCCUGUCAAAACUCACUGGUGUUCAUCCAUUGCCAGCUAUUAUUAUCGAAUGGCGUCAUCUAAAUGGUAUUUUAGAAAAAAUAUUUAAUUCUUUAGUUUCAACAUGUCGAAAUUGUAUUUCUGAUAGGGAAAAGCCAUUACGUGUUUCACCUAUAUAUGAUGUAUACACAGCUACAGGUCGUAUUAUUUCAACUAUGCCUAAUUUACAAUCUGUACCAAAAGAUAUAACUAUUGAAUGGCCUAAAUUACUUUAUAAAUCUUUGGAUAAUUCUCAACUAUGGCCAUCACCAUUUGAUAAAGUGUUAGCUGAACUUCCCGAAUUUAAUGAAAUUAUAAAACCUCGUCGUGCCUUCUUGGCACCUCCUGGCAGUAUACUGAUUUCCGCAGAUUUCUGUCAACUUGAACUAAGACUUUUAGCGCAUUUUAGCAAAGAUGCAGAACUUUUAAAGCUUUUAUCGGUAGACUCAUCAAGUCAUAUUGAUCAGUCGAUGGCGCCAAAAUCAGAAUCAGAUGCAUUCAAAAAGCUUGCCGCACAUUGGCUUAAUAUACCUCAUCUAAAUCAAGUAACCGAUGUUCAUCGCCAACAAGCCAAACAAUUAUGUUAUGCUAUUUUAUAUGGUAUGGGUGCUCAAACAUUAGCCAGUCAGUUGAAUAUACCUGAACAAAAUGCACAAAAGCUAAUCGACAGCUUUCUACACACUUAUUCUGGUGUUCAGAAGUUUAUUACAGCAACUAUUGCAUCCGCUCACCAUGAUGGUCAAAUUAAAACACUGAAUGGUCAUAUUCGUCUUCUGCCAGCUUUGACCGCCAAAACAUUGUGUGAUAAUGGUACAAAUCAUGAAUUUGAUUUCAGUCGGUCGAAGAAAAAUGAUUUUAGACACCAUUUCGCUGUGGUUAAGGCUGAACGUCAAGCUGUCAACAGUAUGAUUCAAGGUAGCGCGGCAGAAAUAGCCAAACUAGCUAUGUUGGCGGUUGAUGAAGCUCUCAAUUCCAGUCAACUGUCGGGCUAUGCUAAUCUUGUUCUACACGAACAUGAUGAAUUAAUUUAUGAGGUUUCUCCGGCCUCAUCUGUUAAACGAUUCGGUUUAUUAAUUCGACAAACAAUGUCAAAUGUCGGUAAACAGUGUAACUUAAGUGUUCCAUUACCUGUAAAAUUAAAAAUUGGUUCUAAUUGGUCGGAUUUACAACAAGUCGAUUGGUGAUUGAAUCGCUUAUGUUAAUUACCUCAGUUAUUUACAUUAAUGUGAUCUUUCAAUGUACAUGAUCUCAUGCCUUCUUCUUUUCUUUUUUUUUCGAUUUUUGAUAAUUUAACUUUAUAUGUGGCAAUGUGAAAACUACUCAUUAUUUUUUCUUCAUAUGUAUAUUUAUUUAAAUCUCUCAGGGAUAUGUAUAUUUUAUGCAUAGUGUUUUCGCUCUGUGUUGUUUUUGUUUUGUUUUUUCAGUGUUAAAUGUUACUUCAAUGUGAUCUUUUUUUCAAAUUAUUGCACUUUUCCUGUGAUUUUUUAUUAUGUAUGGUAUGCAGAAAAUGAAUCAAAAUUAAUAAUGAUUAUCUCCUUAUAUAUGCUUACGUUGUUUUAAUUCUCUUUA